UUCUCAUUUUCAGUUUUUCUUUAGAGUACGCCCGUUGGUCUGGGUUUUAUGUACACGAGUUACAAAUAAAUAUCAUGUUCGUUACAGCUUGUUACAAGGAAAAGGGUUACCUUCACUUCAGCUUUUACGGCUAAGAGGCCGAUUUGCAAUUUCUAUUUGGAAGGCUUGCUCGACCUAGCUACAACAGUUGUUGCUCUUGACUUCCUCAAAGGAAGAAAAAGAAGGAAAACAAUGGAAAUUAGACUUGAGCCAAUAACAGUAGUGGGAAAUCGCGUGUUGCCUUGCCGAGCGAAACUCGGGUGGAGAGUGGUUGGGAAAGAUGGUGAGCAAAAAAGAAGUUCAGCGGAGGCAUGAAAAUAAUAUACUAUAAGCCCCCCCUGACGUUCUUCGACAAGUUCAACGGAGCUGCCAAAGGCUGAGGCCUGUGACCGACAGGCGGCAGCGGUUCAUCAGGAACAGUAAUUUGGUGAAGGAAGGAGACAAGUGGCAAGACAAGGCCUGCUGGAGAAAUUAACGGGGAAGACGUGGCGUUUUCAAGUCUUGGUAGCAAGAGAUCUGCCAUCCCCGGAGAGGUGUUGAACAUCUUUGGAGCAGUAUAUAGAGAGCUUGAGUGUUGCACGGCAGUAGAUGGGCGGAGACUGCCGGAGGGAGGGAGGGUCCCGUAGCCUGAACAACAACUAGGUCCAGUAGAGCUGCGGACAAUGGACUAGAUCGUCGUGGCAUAGGCGAAUGCCAAUCAAACACGUUUCAGGGUUUCUCAACAUCGACUGUGGACUAACAGGGACUCCAAACUACACCAAUCCGGCGGACAACCUCAACCAGACACCUGACGAUGGGUAUGUAGAAAGUGGAGUUAACAUGCCGAUAGAUCCCACGUAUAGUUCCUUGAAGGACACCGAGCACAGAGUAUACACGACGGUGAGAUACUUCCCAAACUACACAAGAAACUGCUACCAGCUGCUGACGACAUUGGGCCCCCAGUAUAAGUAUCUCCUUCGGGCUUCUUUCAUGUACGGCAACUACGACCGCAAGAACAGCCCACCAAGCUUCGAUAUCUAUCUGGGUGUGGAUUUGUGGGAUACUGUGAAGCUGGACAAUAACACUCAUCACUAUCGGUCUGAACUGAUUGCCGAAGCAACGUCUACUUUCUUCCAUGUUUGCCUUGUUAAUACAGGAAACGGAACGCCUUUCAUUUCCGGUUUGAAGCUCCGGCCACUUACUCCAAACAUGUAUGCACCGGCCAGUAGCACCCAAGCACUGAUGACAUACAUGAGGGUCGACGUCGGAGCAACCUCUUCCACGGCCACGCGGUGGCCGUAUGACGUCUUUGAUCGUAGAUGGGAUCCAGAUUACGGUAAGUAUGGAACGCCAAAGAAGACUAGUCUCAAUGUGACAGAGAACAGCCAGCCAUCCUUUGGAUUGCCCAUGCCUGUGAUGCAGACAGCGGCGUACUCCAAGGAGAUAGUUAUCACCUGGCCCGGCGGGGUCGACCAUAGCUACUACCUUUUCUUGGAUUUCGCCGACGUGCUGCUACCCUCCCACGCCAAUUCGAGGCAAAUGGAGGUUCGGCUUAAUGGCCAAAACUGGAAUUCUACACCAGUUUACUACUGCAGAAGCACUGUUUUGUACUCAAGAGCAGCAACAACCGAUUCCCAGUACUCAUUCUCCAUAAGGUCAGCAAAUCCUUCCGAUGAGGGGGCUGUCCUCAAUUCUUUCGAGGUCUACCAAGUCCUGCAGCUGACUGGCUAUAAAACUCAUCCUGAAGAUGCUAGUGCUCUUCAGGAUAUCAAAGGGUUCUAUAAUCUAAAGAAAAAUUGGAUGGGAGAUCCUUGUUUUCCUGUUUCUCCUUGGGAUGGUGUGACAUGUGAUAAUGCUUCCCCUCCACGAAUAGUGACUUUGGAUCUCUCCAACAGUGAGCUAAGUGGUUCAAUUGCUCCACAAAUUUCUAAACUGACAGAGCUGAGAAGAUUGAACUUGUCAAGGAACAACCUGAAGGGACCAGUGCCACCAUUUCUACGAGAGCUCCAGAAUGUGUUCAAUAUUGAUCUGUCAAGCAACGACCUCUCUGGACCGAUCCCUCCUGACUUGCAAGAAAGAAUUAAGAAUGGAGUACUUGUAUUAAGCCUUGAUGGCAAUCCUCAGAUUUGUCAUGAACAACACCAAUGUAACCAAAAAGGAAAGCGCAGGAAGAAUGUAAUUGUGAUUUCUGUUGUAGUAUCACUUGUCGUCACCACCCUAGUUCUUUUUUUGGUGAUCAGUGUGAUCAAGCGAAGAAAACAGGACAAGCUGGGAGUACGCGGUCCUCCACAAGACAAGGAAAUAGCAGACAAUCUUCCGCGACCAGAUGCAAACUUGCGAUCCACCAAAAGUGGCACUUUCAUUUACUCUGAAGUGGUGGAGAUGACGAAUAAUUUUGAGAAAGUUAUUGGUAGAGGAGGAUCUUGCACUGUCUUCUAUGGAUGCCUCAAAGAUGGACGUGAAGUCGCAGUUAAAAAAGUGUCUCCAAUACUUCUUGAACGAGGAACCAAGGAAUUUGCUGCCGAGGUUAGGAUGCUGAUGCAAGUUCACCAUAAACACUUAACUCCCUUUAUUGGGUAUUGUGCUGAUGAAAAGGAGAUGAUCCUAAUUUAUGAGUACAUGGCUAAUGGGAACCUUCAUAAACGACUUUCAGAUGAAACAGCUGAUGUGUUGAACUGGCAACAACGGUUGCACAUUGCCUUGGAUGCAGCAAUAGGCCUGGAAUACUUGCAUUCAGGAUGCACACCAGCAUUCAUUCAUAGGGAUGUAAAGUCAAGCAACAUUCUUAUCAAUGAGAACUUAGAAGCAAAGAUUUCAGAUUUUGGGCUAUCAAAAAGUGUUGUCUCCGAUGAGAUCACACAUAUUACAACCGCUGUUGCUGGCACAGCUGGAUACCUGGACCCUGAGUAUUUGUACACCAACAAAGUAACCGAGAAGAGUGACGUGUAUGGAUUUGGAGUUGUCCUGUUUGAGCUCAUUACUGGCCGACCUGCAAUAUCAACUAAUGUCAAGGGAGAAAGAGUACCAAUAGUUCAACUUGUUCUGCCGGAACUUAUGAGAGGGGACAUCAGAAGUAUUAUUGAUCCCAGACUACAAGGUCAAUAUGAUAUCAACUCCAUGUGGAAGGUUGCAGAGACGGCAAUGACAUGCACUCAAGAGAAGUCGGUCAUAAGGCCUAUCAUGACAGAGGUUGUGGCUGAGUUGAAAGAAGCCAUGGACAUCGAGACAUCUAGAGAGAGAACUAUAAGCGACAGAAAGUGGGGAAAAUCCACAUCACUAUCAUUUGGCAGAGAAUCAUUAAGUACUACUACCAUAUCGGACGCAGAUUCAUCCGUGUAUCCAUCUGCGAGGUAAAGACAGACGUCUGCAUUGGAGAUCCUUGUACCAAAAAAUCUCCACUGUUUUUCAUGUCAUACGUAAAUUUCUUAUGCUGUUGAUCGCGAUUGCCCAAUGUAUCAGUCGCUUUUACUGCAAUUAGCCAAUCAAAAAAUCGUAACUGACCUGGGAAUGUUAAUGCA